UGUACUCCUGCCCCAGUGCUGGCUGUCACUCUGUUACUCCGAGCACCUUGUGCUGCAGUUCAGUGUCUGCUGUCGGUGAGCUGGGUGCUUGGGUCAUUUCUUUGCCAUGUACUCUCCGAGAUCAGCUGCUGGACAUGAACAGAGCCCUGCUGAUGCUCUGCUGCCAGACCUGCCUCGCGGGCCGCUCUCUGAAUACCGGAGAAAGGCUUCCUUCAAUUGGAAGGAGAUGGUGAUGUUUUUGGAGGAUGAAGAUCUUAUCUUGUUUAAGAAAAAAAUCUUUUCCGCCCUUGAAAAUGACCCACUUUUCUACCGGCAACCCGGGGAAGACCUGCCCUUGGAGAAGUAUCGGGAGCUAACAUUUCGGAGAUGCAAGAGGAUUUUUGAAUACGACUUCUUGACUUUUCAGGAGACCAUGGAGAAGCCAAUAAAACUUCUGGUCCUCAUAAACUGCUUGGGCAUGUACGAUUGGUCCCUUGGCGCAAAAUAUUUCCUAAAUACUCAGGUAUUUAGUGGUGCUGUUGGAAAUGGCGGCUCUGAGCGGCAUCAAGCGUUUCUCAAUCAAACCAAAAAUAUGGAGAUUUUUGGAUGUUUUGCAUUGACUGAACUUAGUCACGGGAGCAAUACCAAGGCUAUCCGAACAUCCGCGACCUUUGAUGCAUCUACUAAGGAAUUUGUGUUAAAUACUCCGGAUUUCGAGGCUGCCAAGUUCUGGGUUGGUAACAUGGGGAAGAACGCCACACAUGCGGUUGUAUAUGCGCAGCUCUACACCUCGGAUGGACGUUGUCAUGGUUUACAUUCUUUUGUUGUGCAGAUCCGUGACCCAAAAACUCUUCUUCCCAUGCCAGGAGUGAUGGUGGGUGACAUUGGAAAGAAACUUGGCCAGAACGGUUUAGACAAUGGAUUUGCCAUGUUCUACAAUGUCCGAAUUCCCCAGGAAAACCUCCUGAACCAAACUGGUGACAUUACAUCUUCUGGGGCCUACACAAGUAAAUACAAGGAUCCCAAGCAGCGUCUGGGUGCAUCUCUUGGAACCUUGUCUAGUGGUAGAGUUUCUAUUAUUGGGAUGGCGGUAGUAAACCUGAAGCUUGCAAUAUCCAUAGCCAUUCGAUUUUCCGCCACACGCCGUCAGUUUGGACCGACUGAAAAGGAGGAAAUACCCGUCCUUGAAUACCAGCUGCAGCAAUGGCGUCUGAUCCCUUACCUGGCUGCCACUUAUGCACUUGACCAUUUUUCGAAAAUCUUCUUUAUGAAUUUAAUCGAGCUUCAUGCUGGUAUUCUAAUGAAGGACAAAAGCCAGAGACAGGCCGAACUUGGCAAGGAAAUCCACGCCUUGUCUUCUGCCGGUAAGCCUUUGGCAUCCUGGACUGCACAGCAAGGGACACAAGAAUGCCGAGAAGCUUGCGGGGGUCAUGGAUAUCUAGCCAUGAACAGAUUAGGAGACAUCCGGAAUGACAACGAUCCAAACUGCACGUAUGAAGGAGACAACAAUGUUCUGCUUCAGCAAACCAGCAACUAUUUACUGAGCUUGGUUCAUUCCGUACACGAAGAUAAAAUAACUCUGGAGUCGCCUCUUGGAUCGAUCAACUUUCUUAAUGACUUCAAAACCAUUUUGGGCCAAAAGUUCACAGCAAAAACAAUUGAAGAAUGUCUGGACUGUGCAGUUCCACUGGCGGCGUACAGAUGGCUUGUUUGCUACCAUCUCCGUGAGAGCUAUGCCAAAUUGGGGCAUGAGAAGGAAAAAACACAUUAUGACUUUGAUGCAAGAAACAACAGCCAGGUCUAUUACUGCCGUUCUCUAUCCUUAGCAUUUAUUGAACUUACAGUACUACAGAAGUUCUAUGAGCAUACUCAUGAUCCAAGCACGCCCGUCACUCUCCAGCCUGUCCUAAAGAAUCUGUGUGCUCUGUACGGUCUGUGGUCACUCAGUAAACAUUUGGCCGUCCUCUACCAAGGUGGCUAUUGUUCUGGUGAAGUGCCUGGCAGAAUCAUACAGGGGUCCAUUCUGGAGCUGUGCGCCAAGCUGAAAGACGAUGCUGUCGCUCUGGUAGAUGCCAUUGCUCCUCCAGACUUCAUUUUAAAUGCACCUAUUGGCAAAGCUGAUGGAGAGUUGUAUAAAAAUCUGUGGUCUACUGUCCUGCAAGGAGACAAGGUCCUUCAGAGGCCUUCGUGGUGGGCUGAAUUCUGCUCUAACAAACCUGUCAUCGGCAGCCUGAAGUCCCAGCUCUAGGCAAAUAACAUUCAUCUCGGUGCAAGGGAACUUUAGCUGUAAAGUGGUAAAUGUGGAGUAGUCCCCUUAGCGACCAAAUAAGUGUGCCUACAAAUUGUUCCAUUUUUUUCGCCAAAAUGGUUUUUAUACCCAGUCUCUUAACCGUCCACAAUGAUCUGCCACGCGCAAAGCAAUGGGACUUUAUUAUAGAUAAUUAAGUGUAAUUUGUAUUCAAAGUACUAGAUCUCUGGGUAUUCAUACAUCUUUGGAAAUUAACCCUGAAUGUAUAAUAAGUGAAAACCUGGAAAUUAAAGGAAUGAAGUCAUUGAUGAGGUGUAUAAAGACUAAAUGCCUUUUUGUUACUUGUGCCAUGUAAGUUGUAAUUAACAGUAAGGCUUGUUAUAACAAAGUGUUUGUUUUCUGAUAUGUUUCUACCAUGGUCCGUUAUUAACACGAUUAUUUUACGAGCCAGUCAAUGCCUAUGGCAAAAAAUCAUUCUAAUUAAAGCUGAAUUCAUAACAGCAGCA